AACCGGUUCAAGGGAAGAGGAGUCGACUUUUUCUAGAACCAUGGCGAGUUUCGAGGGAUUUGAACCCGUAUUCGGAGAAGUCGUACCCGAGCGCACGGAUACGGGUUCGGGUCUACUACGGCGGUGUCUCUUCCACGUCUACGCUUCCGAUUCGUUUCACCUCACCGUCCAUGCGACGGACUUUAUCUCCGGCGCCUGGGAGACGAUCCUCUCCGUCUCUCAGCUAGACGAUAUGAGGGAUACUGUGGGCGUUGGUGGCUCGUGGUCCGAGUUCCUCGAUUACACUGUUGCUUCCUUGAAAUCCGAAAACGUGAAGCUUCUCCUCGGUGAUCAUUCACUUUCAAAUGGUGUAGAGAGGGCGAGAUUAGUUUGUCAGAAGACGAAAGGAAUGCCUCGCGUAGUAGUUCCUCUAACAAAGAUGGCUGACUCAGCUGCUACUAGUGAGGCCAUGGCAACUCUGUCUCUCGAGUUGUUCAGAGCUUUCAAGAGAAAGCAACACUUUCAAGGGGAAACUGCGAGUACUUUAUCUGAGACAAUUGAUGAAAAGGAUAAGAGGGAUGAUGCUACUCAUAACCAACUGGAACGACACUCCUCUGGAAAACUAGAUGUUAUGAUGGCUCCAUCACUAGAUAACCGGAAAGACUCUCCCGCCAAGCAAUCUAAACCUUCUAAACGAGUACCUGCUCACCGCAGAACACGAAAACGAGGUGCUCUUCUGCAGGACUCAGAUGAAGAGGAUGGCUAAACGGAACUGAAAAUAUCAGUAACAAUCUGGAUCUCCCGAGGAGUUAUGCUUAAUGCUCAUAAUAGUUUCCCAGAUUUUCUCUCCUCAUUGGGUGAUGAAUGGACAUGUGAACAUUCCAUGUAACAUUCCUAGUGAACACAUUUUAGAAUCCUUUUCUGGAGGCUAACGAAGAAAUCAAAUGGAAUCUUGCUUAGUGUCAUUA